AUGCAGCUGGACUUUGGCAUGGAGGUGAAGGAGGUAGAUGCCAGGCAGCACAUCAGCAUCCUGGUCACCACCCUGGGCCUCACCUGCAAUACGAUGCAUAGCGGUGGGCAGGGUCUGCCCAAAGCCAGCUUCCUGGUGCUGGUCCUCAGCCUCACCAUAUGGAAUAGAGACCAUGCCCCUGAGGAGGAGGUCUGGGGAACACUCAGCAGGAUGUGGUUGUGUGCUGAGGGUGAGCACUGCGUCUUUGGGGAGUCCAGGGAGCUGCUGCCCCACAUGUGCCUGUGGGAGGGGAACCUGGAGUACCAGCAGUUGCCUGACAGCCACCUUGCAUGCUAUGAGUUCCUGUGGGGUCCCCAGGCGUAUGCAGAGACCAGCAAGUGGCAAUUUAUGGCAUUUCUGCUCAGGGUGAAACAAAGGGCUUUGAGGGCCUUCCCACCCCUUUCUGCAGAGGCUGCCAGGGAGGAGGAUGAGGCAGCCUGA